AUGGUUGCAGCAAAGAGGGAAGCAACUGUCCUUCCCUCAAUUCAAUUCGAUUCAACAGAUAUCAUCAUAAGAUCUGACGAAAAUGAAAAUUUUCGAAAAAUUCAAGAUCUGGAGUUUGUUGAUCUGCGUGAUCUCUCAAUUAGGUCAUGGAUAUUACCUCCCUGUUUACCCUUCUGCAAGCCUCCAGAAGGUGUUAAAGAUAGCGCUGAGAAUCUCGGUGAGCUUCUAAUGGGAGAUAGAAUCGAAAACUCCCCUUAUAAGUUCAAAAUGCACGCUAACCAAACUGAAAUCUUCCUCUGUCAAACAAAACCCUUAUCAAGCGAGGAAUUCAAACUGUUAACAAGUAGAAUCGACGAAAUGUAUCAAGUCAAUGUGAUCCUCGACAAUUUGCCUGCAAUUCGUUACACUAGAAAGGAUAACUUCUUGGUGAGAUGGACAGGGUAUCCUCUUGGAAUCAAAGUUCAAGAUACAUAUUACGUCUUCAAUCACUUAAAAUUCACAGUUCUUGUUCACAAAUACGAAGAAACAAAUGUUGCAAGCGUUAUGGGGACAGGGGAUGCAGCUGAAGUGAUUCCAUCGGUUAACAAACCGGAAUCAGACAUUCCGGGGUAUAUUGUGGUCGGAUUCGAGGUCACUCCUUGUAGUGUUCAACACAAUGCCCAGUCUUUAAAGAACUUGAAAAUGUACGAAAAAUACCCUUCCACGAUUGCUUGCGAAUCCAACACUGUAACCAUGGCUAUAAAGGAAAACGAACCCGUGGCAUUUUCAUAUGAAGUUUCAUUCGUUGAAAGUGAUAUCAAAUGGCCAUCAAGAUGGGAUGCUUAUUUGAAAAUGGAAGGAGCAAAAGUCCACUGGUUUUCAAUCCUGAAUUCAUUAAUGGUCAUCACUUUCUUGGCGGGAAUCGUGCUUGUGAUAUUCUUAAGAACUGUUCGCCGGGAUUUGACUCAUUACGAAGAGCUCGACAAAGAAGCACAAGCCCAGAUGAACGAAGAGUUAUCAGGUUGGAAACUUGUCGUCAGCGAUGUCUUUCGCAUCCCAACCUACCCGGCGCUCCUCUGUGUAAUGGUCGGCGACGGCGUUCAGAUUCUCGGAAUGGCGAUGGUCACAAUCUUGUUCGCAGCGCUAGGGUUCAUGUCUCCGGCGUCCCGCGGCACUCUCCUCACCGGAAUGCUAUUCUUCUACAUGGUUCUCGGAAUCUUAGCCGGAUAUGUCGCCGUUCGUCUCUGGAGAACGAUUUCCUCCGGCGAUCAGAAAGGAUGGGCGUCCGUUUGCUGGAAAGUCGCCUGCUUUUUCCCGGGUAUCGCGUUCUUCAUCCUUUUCAUCUUAAAUUUCCUUCUUUGGGGUUCUCAUAGCACCGGAGCAAUUCCGUUUUCUCUCUUCGUCAUCUUGAUUCUUCUCUGGUUUUGCGUAUCUGUUCCAUUAACACUCGUCGGUGGAUACUUCGGUGCUAAAGCACCACACAUCGAAUACCCGGUUCGAACCAAUCAAAUCCCUCGGGAAAUCCCGGCCCAAAAAUACCCUUCUUGGCUCCUCGUUCUCGGCGCCGGAACUCUCCCAUUCGGGACUCUUUUCAUCGAGCUUUUCUUCAUCAUGUCGAGCAUUUGGAUGGGUCGGGUUUAUUACGUGUUCGGGUUUUUAUUCAUCGUGUUGAUUCUUCUUGUGGUGGUGUGUGCUGAGGUGUCAUUGGUUUUGACUUACAUGCAUUUGUGUGUGGAGGAUUGGAGGUGGUGGUGGAAGUCGUUUUUUGCUUCGGGAUCGGUGGCGUUAUACAUUUUCUUGUAUUCGAUAAACUAUCUUGUGUUUGAUUUGAAGAGCUUAAGUGGGCCCGUUUCGGCUACCCUUUAUUUGGGUUACUCGUUGUUCAUGGUUAUAGCGAUUAUGCUUGCAACGGGGACUGUGGGGUUACUUUCGUCUUUUUGGUUCGUUCACUACUUGUUCUCUUCGGUGAAGCUUGAUUGA